GACCGGUCCGACCGCAGUGGCCACUGAUCACUGAUAAACAAAAAAAAUCGUCCUCUGCCCUCUUAUCUAUGUACUUUGAGUCCGUGUGGUAAAAAUUUGGGAUGUCGGCAUGAUGCUGUAGUGCUAAUUUAGCAUCCUGAACUGCAGUUUAACAAAUUAAUCUUUCCACUAAAUCAUGUCGGACGAUUUAAAUGGAUCUGUGCCUAGCCCAACCAACAACAACAACAGCAAAAUGCAUCUUCGAAGAUGCAAAAGUGUUACCCGUGCAGAGGAAAUCCAAAGUCAAGAAGCCAAAGUGAGACGCUCACAGCCAGAUAGACCAUGCCACAGACCCAGAGACUCACUUUUCACUUGGACGUCGGGAUUCGACAAUUUUACUGGCUUUGUUAACUGGGCUUUUCUUCUACUGUUCAUGGGAGGCUUUAGAUUAUUCUUGGAGAACGUCUUAAAGUAUGGAAUUCGGGUCGACCCAAUUGAGUGGAUUUGGUUUUUGUCUGGAGCAGGCGAGGGCAGUGCAGAUCACCCUUCCCUCAUCCUUCUGCUGUAUUCUGUUGUUCCCAUUGUGAUUUGUUUGUUGAUAGAAAAAGGAUUAUCGGUGGAAAUCAUCGGCUACAAAUUAGGAAUGAUGGCUCACAUAGCAAAUAUAUUUUUACUCGUUCUUCUUCCGAUGAUUGUGAUAAAUGUUAAGGGGCCAGACUUCAGUUUGAUUGGUGCUACCGUAGUGUGCUUUACAUACUCGAUUCUGUUUCUGAAGUUGUGGUCGUACGUGCAAGUCAAUCUGUGGUGCAGAAAUAAAAGAAAAUUUGCAAAAACCACAACGAGCAAAAGACUGAGAAGACAGUCACUUUCACUUGGACAGUAUGACUCUUCCGAUGACCUUGGAGCCAACGGUGAUGUGGACCACCAUGACAUGCCUGUUAUAAGAAAGAAAAAGGAGAACAAUUCUUGCAUCCAGCUGGUCGAGUACCCAGAUAAUCUGAACCUGAAGGAUUUGACCUACUACAUAUUUGCUCCGACGUUGUGCUAUGAGUUGAAUUUUCCUCGCACAACAAGAAUCAGGAAGAGGUUUUUGUUGAAACGUCUUUUGGAAGUUAUUGUUGGAUGCCAAGUUUUGAUGUCCCUUUUCCAGCAGUGGAUCAUUCCGUCGGUCAAAAAUUCUCUUGUUCCAUUCUCGCACAUUUUCCAAAGAAAUGACUUUGCACUGGCUAUUGAAAGACUUCUGAAAUUAGCGAUUCCAAACCAUUUGGUGUGGCUCAUUUUCUUCUACUUAAUGUUCCAUUCAUUCUUAAACCUCAUGGGAGAACUUUUACAUUUUGCUGACCGACACUAUUACUACGAUUGGUGGAAUGCCAAUAAUAUUGAUGUGUUCUGGAGAAAGUGGAAUCUUCCUGUCCACAAAUGGGCCGUUAGGCACCUUUACAUCCCGAUGGUUGACAUGGGGUACAAUAGACUUGUUGCCAGUACAUCCGUCUUUUUCAUCAGUGCUUUCUUCCACGAGUAUUUAGUUAGUGUACCAUUGAGGACUUUCAAAACUUGGGCAUUCAUGGGAAUGAUGUCUCAGCUGCCAUUGUCAUAUGUGAGCAAAUUUAUGGAAAAACACAUGGGGCCUCGCUGGGGCAACAUUGUUGUAUGGGCGUCGUUGCUUUUAGGUCAGCCACUCUGCAUCAUGAUGUAUUACCACGACUAUGUGGUCACUCACUUUGGAGCUGAACUAAUCGAAAACUACAGCCAUGUUUGAGCCUUAUUAUCAAAUUUUGUGCCAAUAGUACCAGUUAUUUGUUGAUUUGUAUAUUAUUUUUUGGAAAUUUUUUAGUAGGUUUUAUAUAUUUACAAAGAAUUAAAUAGUGAAAUGUGUGAGGAUCAAAGCUUGAGAAAGCAUUUUUAGGGUUGUGAGAAUUUUACAUGUAUUUAAGAUCGAAAGAACCUUAAAAUGUGAUGGAGGCUUUUCCUUCUUCCAAUAGAUUUAAAAUCUUGCCAGAGCAUGCUUUCAAGCUGUAUAAAAUUAAUUACAACGAAACACAAGUGCAAUAAUUGUGCUCACUUUUCUGAAGUUAGGAAUUAUUGUGUAUCCGAGUAAGAGUUUUUAAAGACUGUAAGUUUUUUUAGUACAUCUAAAUGUGUCAUAAUCAGACAAAUUCCUUCCUGUUCCUUUUUGCUAUAGCCAUAGAAGCCCUAAUUGUCGACAUAUAUAUUUUAGGGGCUUGAAACUUGUAAACAUUCUUAAAUACGCUAUGUCUGUGAAAUAGUAAUUUUUGACUGAAAUCAUACAAAAGACCCAAAUAAUGUAAAAACAUAUAAUUUUUAUAUAGUUAUGUUAUUAGUUAUGAUGUUAUAACAGAGCCCUUAUUUUGUUUAGUAAGUGUCCCCCUUUGGCUGAAAUGUUGAUAAUUCAGCUCAAUUCUCUCAAAUCUUCAAGUAAGAAUUAUCUUGGUGCAAACUAUUUGGUGUUCUAAAUAAAUAUGUCCAUUGACAUAAUACUUUUUUGAAAUUAAAAAAUUAUUACAUUGUUAUG